AUGGAGGAAGAGGUGAAAACGGUUCACAGAGAACAACAUGCUGCAAAAGAAAUGUUUGCAACCGAGGAAGUAAUGUCGAUACCAGAGCCCUUGGCCUCGGAUAAAUCGAGCUCCAAAGGGAUUCCGCCGGAAAUCACCACACACAAGCUGAGCAUCGAUCCCAGGUUUAAACCAAGAGUAUUGGAACGUUAUUCAGAAAAUCCUCAAAGUCAGUGUAUAGUGCAUGAAAUCUUUGAUUCUGCUUAUGCUCUUGCUCAAGAUCAGAAUGGGAACUAUGUCACCCAGGGAUGGACUGAGGGGAGCAUCAUGUGUUUGGAGAGGGGAAAACCGCAUGAAAGAAGUCGAAUUAUUGAAAAGUUGACAGUAAAUGUUGUACAAUUAAGUCAACACAAAUAUGCCUCAAAUGUUGUUGAAAAAUGUCUGGAAUAUGGUGAUUCUGCUGAGAGGGAGCUUUUGAUUGAGGAGAUACUUGCAGAUUCAGAAGCAAAUGACAAUUUGCUGUCGAUGAUGAAGGACCAAUUUGCGAAUUAUGUGGUCCAGAAGAUUCUUGAGAUUAGCAACGAUAAGCAUCGGGACAUUCUGCUCAGUCGAAUCAGAGUUCAUCUUCGUGCUUUGAAGAAAUACACCUACGGAAAACACAUAGUGGCUCGAUUUGAACAGCUCUCUGAUGAAGGUGUGUAG